UCUAUCAAUAACAACAACAAAAUAGCAAAUAAUGGUCACAAUUAAUUUUCCUUGACCAAAUCCUUCAUUCAUUAACCAAAUCAGACCAACAAAAUCAAAUAUUCGCGUCGUUUUGAAUUCGUUUCCUUAAUUAAAAAUAAAACGCGUUUCAUUAAAAGCAGAAUUUAUCUCUUUCUCUAUCUAUAUAAUCUUCUUAUUCUUCUUCACUGAGCCAUUUUUAUUCUUAGGCUAAACAAAUUCGAAUUCUGAAACCUCUGUUUUGAAUUUCUCUCUGAGGCAAUUCGUCGAACAACAUGGGGUCCAAACAACCAUACCUAAACGGCGCGUACUACGGACCAUCAAUUCCACCACCGCCUAAGGCUCACCGCAGCUAUAACUCACCUGGAUUCGGAUGCUGUUGCUUCAGCUGCCUCGGAAGCUGUCUACGUUGCUGCGGUUGCUGCAUCUUAAGCCUGAUCUGCAACAUCCUCAUAGCUGUAGCCGUAAUCCUCGGAGUCGCCGCUCUUAUCCUCUGGCUCAUCUUCCGUCCAAACGCCGUCAAAUUCUACGUCGCCGACGCUAAUCUGAACCGAUUCAGCUUCGAUCCAAACAACAACCUCCAUUACAGUCUCGAUCUCAAUUUCACAAUCCGUAACCCUAAUCAACGAGUCGGAGUCUACUACGAUGAGUUCUCGGUUAGUGGCUAUUACGGAGAUCAGAGAUUCGGAUCUGCGAACGUUUCGUCGUUUUAUCAAGGGCAUAAGAAUACGACGGUGAUUUUAACCAAAAUUGAAGGACAGAAUCUGGUGGUGCUCGGCGACGGAGCGAGAACAGAUCUAAAAGAUGAUGAGAAAUCUGGGAUUUAUCGGAUUAAUGCGAAAUUGAGGCUAAGUGUUAGGUUUAAGUUUUGGUUUAUAAAGUCGUGGAAGCUUAAACCAAAGAUUAAGUGUGAUGAUCUUAAGAUUCCUCUUGGUUCCUCUAAUUCUACAGGAGGGUUUAAGUUUCAACCGGUGCAGUGUGACUUUGACUUAUCUUAGUAAACUCCAAGUUUUAUGAAUUCUUUUUUCUUUUCAUGUUUUUUUUCUUCUAUUUAUCUACAUUAGAUUUUGUUUCUUCGCUUGAUAUGGAUUAUGUUGAUUUAUUUGUUCUUACUCUAUUUUUCCUAUGAAAACCAAUCGAAAUGCACUUACUCAAUUGUCAAUUAGAACUAAGACCAAUGACUAAAGUAUACACUUCAAACGCGGGAUAGAAUUUGGAUAACAAAUUGCUUUUUGUGUGUAUCGCACUAAAAGCUAAUCCAAACGGCAUAAAACAUCUUUACUUUUGUAAGCCUUUUUCUUUGGCUUUU